AUGCUGAUCAGAAACAAUGGCGGCCCUGCACCUGACGGCGAAGUUGGGUGCAACAUGGCAUGCAAUGGAGAUCAAACUGAGAUGUGCGGCGGUCCUGAUCGCUUGACGUUCUUCCGAUUCUACACAGGUGGCGAAUCGACCGUUUCGGCAACUGCUUCACCUACUGCUUCGCAGACAGCAUCUGCGACCAAGACAUCCAGUGCAGUCCCUGUUGCAACGGGACUCCCGGAAGGGUUCGAGUACAAGGGCUGCUAUGUUGAUGGACCCGGCUUCCGCAUCGUCAACUACCAACAACCCGAUGAUCAAAGUAUGACCAUUGCCUCAUGCUCCAACGCAUGCGCGAAAGCUGGCUACGAGAUCGCCGCUAUGGAGUACAGUUACCAAUGCUUCUGUGAUAAUACCGUGAGAAUGGGCGGCAAGCCUGCUUCUUCCGAAUCAGAGUGCAACACAAAAUGUGCUGGCAACCAAGAUGAGACUUGCGGAGGCCCCAACCGAAUGAGCAUCUACUCAAGCCAAGAUCCGUUGAAGGUCAUCAACGCUCCGGCUCCUAUCCAGAAUGUGAGCGAUUGGCAAUACCAAGGAUGUAUUACCGACACCAACAACCAAGUUUUUCCAUGGAAGCUAGUGAACCAGACAGGCAACUCACCACAAUGGUGUCUAAGCCAAUGCCAAGCCUUCGGUUAUCAGGCAGCUGGAAUGGAGUAUGGUGAAGAAUGUUAUUGCGGAGACCUUGAUGGGAUCGAGAAAAGUGGCUCAAAGACAGUCGCAGAGUCUGAAUGCAACACUGCUUGUCCGGGCAACCCCGAAGCCCUGUGCGGCCAAGGCAACCGACUCAGCUGGUACAAAUGGGAAGGCGAUCCUCUAUACUUAUGGGAGUACCCCAAAGGCAUUGCGGCUGGACGCUACGAGUUCUUGGUUGGCGGUCCUAUCAUCCCUCUAAUUUCGCAGCCUGGUGUCAACGGCAAGGUUUCUCUCCUCGAGAAGCAUGGAACAGGUGAGCCCAACACCACCGGUGCGUAUGAGUUUGAUCCUUCGAUUGGUGGCGACAUUUUCCAUGCUUUCCGUGAGCUGAGCGGCAUCAAGACGGAUAUCUUCUGCGCUGCAGGUCUGACUAUGCCGGAUCGUGCUGGUCGGCAAAUUAAUAUUGGUGGAUGGUCGACGGAUUCGUUGUUUGGUGUCCGCAUCUACUGGCCGGACGGUUCUGCCGGUGUCAACGGCACGAAUGACUGGCAGGAGGAUGUCAAUAGCGUCAAGCUUCAGAGAGGCCGUUGGUAUCCUACAGGAAUGGUCAUGGCAAACGGAUCGAUGUUGAUCGUCGGCGGGCAAGAUGGCUCCAAUGGUCCGCCGGUGCCGAACAUGGAGAUUUUGCCUACCGUUGGGCCUGUGUACGAAGCGCAGUACCUAAGGGAUACCGACCCGUACAACCUUUAUCCCUUCCUAGUCGUACUGCCGUCGGGUGGUAUCUUCAUCCAGUACUACAACGAGGCUCGUAUCCUCGACGAAGUUAGCCUAGACACAGUCAAGAUCUUGCCAAAGGCACCAGCUGCCGUCAACGAUCCUACCGGAGGGCGAACCUGCCCGUACGAGGGUACUCAAGUCCUUAUGCCUCAGUACUACCCUUACGACGCUCCGCUGGAGGUGCUCAUCUGUGGUGGCGCGGCAAGACAACCCAAGUGGGGUCUCGACAACUGCGUCAGUAUUGAACCUGAUGUCGCCAACCCCGAAUGGACUCUUGAGCGCAUGCCUUCUCGACGUGUCAUCUCGUGCAUGGCAACGCUACCAGAUGGAACUUAUCUGAUCCUGAAUGGCGCUGAAGUUGGCGAAGCAGGUUUCGGUCUUGCAGACCAGUCGAAUCUCAACGCUGUUCUGUACGAUUCCCGAAAGCCACGACAUCAGCGUAUGAGCAUCAUGGCUAACACGACGAUUGCGCGCAUGUAUCACUCCGAAGCCGUCGUCAUGGACGAUGGGAGGAUCCUUGUGUCAGGCUCCGAUCCUCAAGAUGAGGGCAAGCAUCCCCAGGAGCACCGCAUUGAGGUCUUCCUCCCACCCUAUCUGCUUUCUGGUGCAGCGCAGCCUACCUUUGAGCUACCUCAAAACGACUGGAUCUGGGAGGAAGACUACUCUUUCACGGUGACUUCGUCUUCCGGUGGUCCGAUCAAAGUGUCGCUGCUCGGAUCUGAGUCUAGUACUCAUGGAAGCUCGAUGGGUGCGCGUAUCCUGUUCCCGAGCGUGUCUUGCUCAGGCGGAGCAUGUACAGUCAAGGCGCCCAAGGGACCAUACGUCGCCCCUGUAGGAUGGUAUAGAAUGUUUGUUCUGGAUGGGCCAACACCGUCGCAUGCGAAGUGGGUUCGUCUGGGUGGAGAUCCAGCUGCACUCGGUAACUGGCCUGACGCUGCUGCCUUCCAACCCUUGCCGGGUAUGGGACCCGUAGGCGUAUCGAGCAAAUCGAUCGCGAACGCAACCGUACCAAGAUCGAUGUCGACCGUUGCUCGCAGCUUCCAGGGCUGA